AUGUAUAAAUGUGUAAAAUGUGUAUCUGCGUUUACGCGUAAGGACAAUUUGAUGAGGCACGAGAAAACGCACGAAGGCGCUCGUUUACCGUGCACUAUUUGUACAUCGACGUUCAAGUACAAGUCUCAUCUGAAGAGACAUAUGAAAACCGUCCAUGCCGAUGCACACGUACGACCACAAUCAGAUCAGCCAGCAGCCCCCUCAAAUCAGACUCGAAAUGUAAAUAAUAUUCCGAACGAAGAUUUUAACGAUGGGUACGAUGAAAUGUGCUGUGAAGUUCUAGAAAAUGUUCAAGAUGCUGGGCUAUGCGAUAUGACAAACAAUGUCCGCGUCCGGGCACCUGGCGAAAAAGAAAUAGCUCCUGGAAUAUUUGUACCUGACAUACCAGCAGGCCUCUCUCGGCAGUAUGUGAAUAAUAUUCCGGACGAGGAUUUUAACGAUGGAUAUGAUGAAAUGUGCUGUGAAGUUCUAGAAAAUGUUCAAGAUGCUGGGCUAUGCGAUAUGACAAAUUCUUAUAUGACUACGGUAGGAAGAAAGCGCGUACACGUAGAAAAUACAGUAUCCCGUAUUAAAUCUAAAAAGGCUCGUAUGGAUAUGGCUAAUACACCGGGUUUCGCUGAGGUUAAAUCCGCACAUAGUCGAAAAAUCGUAUGGUAUUAUGCUAAAAAUCUUCAUAAUUUUGAAAAUUAUAUUUCAUUUCUCGAUAAUUUAAAACCUGAGCUUGUCCGAUUAUUAAGGCGAAUUGUAGUUGUGAAUCCGAUAAAAUUUAAUUUAAAACUUGAAGCCACUUAUAACCAACCGCGUGUAGAUAACUCAACGCAAAAUAGGUCAUUCAAGACAUCGGCCCGAGAAAUUUUUAUCGAUUCUGAUAUAGUUUCAUUAAUAGAGCAGGCGUUCACUACGUUAUUGCACGAGGAGGAAAUUUAUGUUGCAAAGGGUAGUGGAUAUGUAUUAGAAUCCAUCGAUGGGCUUUUAUUAACAGUAUACAAAUAUACGCCUAUGGGGGGAACCCCUAACAUUGGCCUGCCCGUUAUCAAUUUUGAUAACGAACGCGAUGACGAUGAUGACGUAAAUUAUCAUAAUACUGAUAACGACCCAGAUAUUCGAAAUAAUAUUACGUUAAACACGCCGAAUAAUAACCGACAAUAUGAAAACGAGAAUCGUGAUGAUACUUUUAACACUGUAGCUGGCUCAUCUUAUAUUCGGCUCCCUCUUUCAAUCAAAAAUAAACGGGCGACGAUCAAUCCGCAAAAUAAUGAUCAGCAUUGUUUUAAAUGGUCCAUUCUGGCGAGGCACGUGACAGGUCCAAAUAAACAUCGUGUAGGCGAAAAUUAUUUCAGACAUGAAAACAAAUAUAAUUUUACAGGCUUAUCAUUCCCAACACCGUGGAGUGAGGUUAAAAUUUUUGAAAAAAAUAACCCGACAGUCUCUGUAAAUAUUUACGGAGUUAAAAAAAUAUCUCAGUCUUCGUCAAAAAAUCCGAAUCAUCACAUAUUUCCAUUAAAAGUAGUAGAUAAUGAAAAAGCCGAGCAUUUCGACAUCAUUUUAUUCACUGUCGGAGAAAAAAGUCACUACGUAUAUAUAUCUAAUUUUUCACGCUUAAUCCGCUCGCAAAUAACAUUACACGGUCAUUCAGUUUAUUUCUGCAAACGAUGUUUCACAUCGUUUGACAAACAAAAUUUAAAAUAUAAAUUAAGUGGGCAGCUAGCACUUCAGCAGCAUAAAUUAAUUUGCGGAUCUCAUAAACCUAUUCUACCCAUAAUGCCCGAUGUUGACACAUUGCUAGAAUUCGAUAAUUGGCAACAUGCUCAACGACACCCAUUCACUAUUUACGCGGAUUUUGAAGCUCUACUGGUGAAAACUAAUGAGAAAAGGGGGGAACACACGACUGUAAUACAUAACCACAAACCUAUGAGUUAUGGGUUUUUAGUUAAAGCGUCCGAAGAAGUUCCACUAGAGCUUAUCCAGCAAUUCAAUAUACCAACCGCGCCAGUUGUUUAUCGCGGUAGUGAUAGUCGGGAGGAUGUUGCCAGGCAUUUUCUCGAAAAUAUAGUUGAUGUAGGUCGUAAAAUUGAAGAAUUGCUAAAGACGAAUGUCCCUAUAGUUAUGAAUGACCUAGAUACGCGAAAACACAAUGAAAAUAAAAAUUGUAACUUUUGUAAACGCAGUUUCGACACAAACGAGAAAGUCCGCGACCAUUGUCACCUUACUGGUAGAUUUAGACAAUCUUUAUGCUCUCGAUCGAAGAAAAAUUUAUCUCAUUUUCAAAAUAUAUCAGUAGGACGUUUACUAUACGAUUCGUAG